AUGGAUGUAACAAGAAUCCUGCAAAUUCAACUACCAGAAAGAGGGUCAACGGACAAACUGAUCUGGAAGGAUAGCACAAAUGGGCAAUACACUGUCAAAGGAGGCUACAAAAUUCUUAGAGGGCCAGGCCUAAGAAGAGAGGAAGCAGGCCCAUCAAGCUCGCGAGAUCCCCCACUUUGGAAAAAAAACUGGGCGGUUGAUGUCUUGCCAAGCUGCAAAGAAUUCAUUUGGCGAGCGUGCAGAAAUGUGCUACCAGUUUAUGCGAACCUGAAGAAGCGAGGUAUCAACCUUGACCCCAUGUGCCCGUGUUGUGGAGAAGAAGAAGAGACCACAACCCACGCGAUCCUUACCUGUAAUAGAACUUGCAGGCUUUGGUUUGGUUCCCACCUCAACAUCCAUUUACCAGCAAGCAUGAUUGACAACUUCAAAGGCUGGCUGGAGCAGAUCCUGAUGCAUCCCAGCGCAGAGAUCAUGGCAGAUGUGUUCAACUUGGCUUGGACAAUGUGGAAGAGAAGGAAUACUUGGGUUUUCGAAGGACAGAUGUGGGAUGCGGAACAGACAAUGUCUAAGGCUGCAAAAAUUUGUACGUACAAGCUGAACGUGGAUGCUGCACUGAAACCUGAUGGCAUGGGCCUUGGCGCAAUUAUCAGGAACGACAAAGGACAAACAAUGGCUGCUGCCACAAAAAAGGCCAGAGCGCAAGAAGAUCCUACGAUGGCACAAGCAUUAGCAGUGAAGUGGGCACUGGAAUGGGCAAGACAGAUAGGUUUUUUCCAAAUUUCCCUGGAGACUGAUUCUCUAAUCUUGGUUCAACAAUGGCGACGUUCCAGCUUGGGGGACUCAUAUUUGCAUGAUGUAAUUAGACUAUGCAAGAACCUAUCUCUAGGAUUUUUCCUGUUUUCUGUUUCUCAUGUCAAGAGAUCGGGCAACAAAGUAGCUGAUUUCCUUGCUAAUCUAGCCUGUAGGUCUUUCGACUUUUGUUGGAUUGAGGAAGAUCCCCCUGGGGCAUCCACUCAAAUUCAUGAUGAUGUAUCACUAGCAGUUUCAUCUGCUCUUUCUUGA